AGUGUAUGACCUUCCCAGAUUAUAACAGCAAUGGGGGCUUAAUCUGAAUGAGAUGUUUAAAAGUAUAUAUAAGCAAUAGUGUCCAGAGACGUUUGGAAAAACUGUACUGGGACUAUAUACUGCUACUAAAGAAUAAAAUCUCUCUACGUUUGCUGCAGAAUCUAUAUCUAUAUCUAUAUAUCUAUAAUGUACAGACUAUCACAAUUCUAAACUUUCUGCUUGUUUGCUCAUAUAUCUCAAUAUGUGUAAUAGUCAUGCAAUAUAAUAACCAUAUAAUUUCAAGAUUUAUUUUGCUGAUUAGAUUGAUUUUGCUACUGACUCCCCUGCUGAUAGGACUUAAGUGAUGUACUGUACCAACAUACAAAGGGUGUGGUCCACUUUCUGGCUAUGUACACCUGGUGUUUAUAUAAAGUUCCUAAAAUAAGUUCUGCCAGGUUUAACUGUCCAACUUUACCUAAUGCUCCAUUAUAACUAAUGUCACUUUACUUUCUGCACACUGCAGGAAACAACCACUGCGUGUGUAUUUUUAUUAAUUUUUUAAAGGAAGCGCAGGAGCCAUAUUAAAAAAAUAUUUGAGAAAUAAGCAAAUGAAUCCGAAUCUUUUGUACAAGACGCUGCACUGACCCGUGCUGCCUGUAGAGGGCGGAGUACACUUCAUAAACCCUAAUAAAGAUUUAAAUCACCCCAAAGACCUGAUCAUUCUUAUAAAUGACUUGAUUAUUCUGUAUAGAAAAUUAUUUUUAUUAUUAUUAUUAUAAAUAUAUACACAAUAUAAAAAUGAUAAAAAUCCUUUAACAGGCUGAUCAGUGAUCAAUAAUUGAAUCGGAAUGUGUUACAGUAAAUAUGCUGUAUUAUUGUUGUAUAUAAAUGUAAUAAAGGACAAUCAAAGCCGAGAACUCGUUCAAUGAACCGCUUUCCAAAUACAAGCUUACUAAAUACUUAUUAAAGUAGGUCAUUAAGAGACAAUGAGCGCACUGUUUUCUGUGUAGGCAACACCGACAACAAGACUGUAUUACCGGUAAAACAUUAACUAGGUACGAUCUUAAUGAAUCAAAGCUACAAUGUGUAAUUAGCCCGAUUAAUGAAUGAAUAAAUGAAUACAUUAUAUGAAGCGCCUCGUCGCCAAUUAUGCGCGUCUUAAUCUAAUAUGGCGACAAUAAUUUUUCUGAGACGCUGCGGAGGAACAUGUGAUCAGACACGUUUCUCAUCAUCCAGCUCAAGAAGACGCACAAAGUUGAAGAUCAUCUAACGGUCCGUUGUAGCAGGAUGGGGUUUUAGACACGUGUAGAAGCGUGUAUUUGUUGUUCGUUUAAAUGGUGCCGUUUGAGCGUCUGAGCAGCGGAGCAGCAAUGCGAUCCGGCCGCCCGGCCUGCUGGAAUGAAGAGGGAGUUAAUAUGGCUGUCCACAGUUCAUCUGCCAGUGUAGUAGUAAUCUCGCCCUGCGCCGCUGACACGACGCGCAUAACAAACCCGUGGAGUUCGCAGCGUUUCGGAGCUGCUUGUCCCCUCCCCUCCAGACACAGACAACAACAUUCACGAUAAUAGGGGCGCGUCUCCGACACCGCCGCCGACCAAUAAGCCGCGUGUCUGGGCAGAGAGCGAGCGGCCGAGCGCAAGCCGGGGCCCAAUCAGCGCUUUUGUGUUCACUGCCGGCGCCGGGGACUGCACGGGGAACAGAGGUGCCGCAGCGCUUCAGGAUCGGAGAGUGAGCCCGGAGCCAGAGCAACCUGAGGCGGUGAAGGCGAGUCAGGAUGGAGCGGAUGUCUGAGGAGGCGUUGAGGUUGAACCUGCUGAAGCGGGGUCUGGAAACGGCCGAUGAGAGAGAGGAAGCGCUGGCCAAGCGCCUGAAAAUGGAGGGUCAUGAGGCGAUGGAGCGACUGAAGAUGCUGGCAUUGCUUAAGCGCAAGGACCUUGCCGCUUUGGAAGGAGCCAAUGUGGCGGAUGGGAAAGGACCCGGGGCCAGCCAGGGGCUGAUGGGAGCCUCAGCGGUGUAUGAGGAGAAGCUGAAUGGGAGCUUGAGGAGCACAGGUCAUGGAGGACCCAGCAAGAAUGGCAAAGAGAACAUGAUGGAUGAACCUGUGGACAUGAGCGCCAAGAGGAGCGGUGUGGAGCGAGAGAGGUGUACUCCAUCUCCAGACGUGAUUAUCUUGUCAGAUAAUGAAGCAUCUAGCCCAAGGAGCACUCCACACCCGGAGGAGCGUCGCCAUCACCCCAACCUAGACAUGUUCAAGGGGAAGACGGGCGAAGAGAGGCAGCAGAUGAUCAAAGCCCUGCGUGAGGAGCUGAGGCUGGAGGAGGCCAGGCUCGUGCUGCUGAAGAAGCUGAGACAGAGCCAGAUGCAGAAGGAGAACGUCGUACAGAAGGUUCCAGUUGUUCAGAAUCCCCCCUCCUCCGUGCAGCCCUCCACAAUUCACAGCACACAGGGGAUGACCAAAUUGCCUGUGCGGCCUGAGCCCCAGAACCUUCGCACAGCACAGGGCCACACGGUGAUCAGGUCUGCAGCCAGUGCAUCUCUGCCACCCAUGAUGAUGUCUCAGAGAGUGAUCGCUCCUAAUCCAGCCCAGCUGCAAGGACAGCGAGUUCCCUCUAAGCCUGGCAUGGGCCGACCCUCAGCAGGGAGCAUGAGCAAUGCAAUCAACUACCAGCAGGCUGCUAGCCAACAGGUGGCGGCCUCUCAGCGCUCUGGCUCCUCAGCGGCCAUCUACAUGAACCUGGCCCACAUGCAGGCGGCCGGGGCAGCAGGUGUGCCGGGUGUUGGGGUAGGUGUGAGUGCAGUUAGCCCCUCUGCACUUCCCGGCAGCUCUAGUGUGGGCUCUGUGGGCACGAUGAGUGAUCAGGCCAGCAGCCAGGCAGCUGCCAAACUAGCCUUGCGCAAACAGCUGGAGAAAACACUGCUGGAGAUCCCUCCACCCAAACCUCCCGCACCGCUGCUCCAUUUCCUGCCCUCUGCCGCCAACAGUGAGUUCAUCUACAUGGUGGGACUGGAGGAGGUGGUUCAGAGUGUCCUCGACAGCCAGGGUAAAAUGAGGGGUUCACUAGCACGCAUGGAGCCGUUCUUCUGUGCCCAGUGCAGAACUGACUUCACCCCCCACUGGAAGCAGGAGAAGAGCGGUCGCAUCCUGUGUGAGCAAUGCAUGACCUCCAACCAGAAGAAGGCCCUAAAGGCUGAACACACCAACCGUCUGAAAAACGCCUUUGUCAAGGCCCUGCAACAGGAGCAGGAAAUCGAGCAGAGGCUUCAGCAGCAGGCGGCUCUGUCCCCAAGUGCGGCUCAGACUGUCCCCAGCGUCAGCAAGGCCGAGAGCAUGAUCCGACACCACGCGCUCCGACAGGCUCCUCAGCCACAGGCAGCUAUGCAGCGGGGUUUAUCCAGCUCGGCGCGUGGCGUGCUAUCUAACUUUGCCCAGGCAUCACAGCUCUCCGUGGCAAGCGGACUGUUGGGUAUGACCAGCAAGCGCUGUGGAGGAGGCAGUGCCAGCAGCAGUCGGUCACAGCACGACAGCCGCCGACAGCUUUACAACAUCCCCGGCUUGAAUAUUGCCUAUUUGAACCCAGGAGGUCACAAAGCGUCCAGCCUGGCGGACCGGCAGAGGGAGUAUCUGCUGGACAUGAUCCCCCCACGCUCCAUAUCUCAAUCCAUCACUGGCCAGAAAUGAGCUCACACACACACCCACACUGCAACCAUCACCCCUGUCGCAUGCAGUGCCUGUCCGUGUGCCUACCCAACUAACCCAUCUGAAUAACUCGGCCAGAUGAACACCAGACUGUCUCAACUUCCAUUUCCUACUAAAACAAAGCUCUUUAUUUCUUGCUAUUGCUCUGUCAUUUCUCACUAUUAUUAAUAAUAUUAUUAUUAAUAUCAUUAUUGCUUGUGUUAAAGGUAUCCUUAUGUUUGUUAGUAGUUUUAGUGACUUGUGGAUUUUUUUAUUUUUUUUUCCUUCUGUUUGACAUUUUUUUUUUUAUUUAUUUAUUUCUCAAGGAAGGGGCUAGAUUUCAGGGUUACUUGAAAAUGUGUUGCUCUUAUUUUCCUUCAUGGCUUCUUCCCUUUUUGCACCCUGUAAAAUGACGAGAGCUUUCCCUCCCUUUUCGAAAACCCCUUUUUUCUUAUGAUUUAGCCCCAUUGAAGCUAUAGUCAAGCUUCAGGAACAAGAACAGCUCACCUAUGCCAUGUGUUUAAAAAAAUAUAUAUAUAUCUUUGUAGCAAAUACAUUUCAAAGAGAAAGAGCCUUGGUGGAGACGGCGUCUGACGGAAUGACUGACUUUUCUAGUAAGCUAAUCCUAAUGCACUGAGACGCUGACGGCUGUUCUGCCUUGAGAAGGCAACAUGAUACGAGAACACUAGGUGCUGUGUGCAGAAUCAUUGAAGGAUGUUUAGGUCAAAAAAUGGCAGCAGAAGGAUGGCUGAAAAUGUGCAGCGACAGGAGCAUCGCGAUGAUGAAGCAAAAAAACAAAACAUGCAGUGUUUGUGAUAAAGGAUUUGCAGCAAAUUCAGAGGCCUGGAUUAACGCAUCUUCCACGUUCCCUCAAUGCCUUUACUUUCAUGACGUCGAUGCUGUGAGAACGUUUCUUGCGGUGCCAUGUGUUUAGCUGCAUAUGGAGGAAGUGAGCAUCCAAACGAAACUAAUUCCCUUUGUCAGUAUCAAUUCUCCUGCAGCGUCCUUAAUUUUUUCUAUUUCCCUCCUUGGCGGCGUCUCCUGCCGAAACGGUUGCGUAUCUGAGAGGUACUUACCACAGGAGACGAUAAUCAUCAAAACAGUAAAUGGACAGAAACUAUUCAAAUAUCUAUAUGAUUUUAUGUAUAGAUUCUUAGCAUGAGAUAAAGGUUGAAAAGAUGGAGGUCGUAUAUCUAUAAUAGCAUAGGCAAGGAUCAAUCACCGUGAUAGGGCAACUCAUUCGAGAUGCCUUUUUCUCCAGGAGCACUUUUUUUUUUCUUUUUUUUCAAUCAAGAACUGAAAAAAUAAUGGUUAGGAAAAGGACAAGAAUGUUUCAUCUCCCAGGCUUUUCAGGUAUGGAUGUCACCAGGCUUGUCUCGGAGAGAGUUAGGAGAGAGACAGUGUCGUGAAUCCCAGACCAUCAGUUCGUUUUCUGCUGUAAGUCCUGUUCGUGCCUCGGGUCCACCAGUACAUUUCUGUUCAACUGUCGACACUAGUCUACACAUUUCAGGCCAGAAUACAAACAGGGCAGUAUGGCAGAUGUUGCACUAGGUGGCAGCAUUUGCAGAGUUUGGUUAGUAUGCAGUAAUCUCUGGGAACUUUCAGACUUAGAUCAAAUCCCUUUUUUUUUUUUUUUUUGGUGCCAGGCGUUAUUCACUUCUGUUCACCCUCUGCUAAUCAGCUCGCAAUGAAUUGACUUCUGUCAAAUCGCUUUAUUGAAGCAAUAUGUGUCGAUUGCUCAGCAAAAUACAAAUGGGUUACAAAGGAAAAACUGGUGGUUCUUUUAUGCUUUGGUGGCUUUUAGUUAUGCUUUGGCAUUUCAAGGCUUAUUAUACAUAUAUCAACUCAAAGCUCUUCUAACUGAACGCAUUUAUUCUUUGAUCAAACAUUUCUACCCUGAUGGUAAUGAUCUCGCCAGAUCUAAACCCAAAUCAACAACUCUGGGAGAACUUGUAGCAAAGAGUAGAGGAACUAAUCUCUCCAAUGUCAUCAUCAGAAUACCAACUGAGUAAAUAUCUUUUGGUAAAAGGGCUUUAUCAAGGAGGCAGUGGAUCUGGAGUUUAUUCCAGGAACACUGGGCAUGAGAAUGGAACACACCCUGAAUACGAUGGCAAUUUUUUUUUUCUCUCUCUUUUAUUCGACACCCAUUUGUAAGUUCAUUUGAUCGCUUAAAUUCUGCAAGAACUUGUUCCAUCGACAUAGACUACAACAAGCACUGAAAUCAUGUGUUACAUACAAGCACUUUCUUAAGUGCCAAUUUUUUUUUUUUUUUUAAAUGACAAAAUCAAGUUAAACAAUGUGUGUCAUGUGAAACCAUUGUUUUAAAGCCUAUGUGUUUUUUUUUUUCUAGCUUGAGACAAAAAGAUGCAACUUUUUAAACAAAGUCGUUGUUUCAGAGUUCAUACAUGUGCACCAUGCCAGACAGACUUUGACUUUUUGUCUUGUGUUCACACGGAGAAAUGCCAAUAUAACACGGCUGGUGCGCUCUAUUCUCUGAACAAAUGAAGUGUGAAAACCUUUUUUUUUUUUUUGGCACUGAUCUGUCCCAUCAUGCUCCACAGAACAAAGGGGAGGGGCUUACAGCAGACAUUAUCCAUAUCUGCGUGUGCGGUGCUGUUUUAAACAUUCCCAAACCCAAACUUGACAUUUAAAAUGAAAAAUCAACGUAGCACAGCAAAUGUUAGUUACAUUUGCGAGCUAACAUCAGGUAGCACUGAACCCAAUCUGGCACUAUCGUUUAUAUCGUGUGUGAUUAAUGUCAUUUCCUAAACGCUUCGUUUUUUAAGUUUUUUUCGAUUCUCUCGUGUGCAAGCGGUCAUAGAUUGUGACUUCAGACACAGCUGUUAAAACUACCUUGACUUUGAUUCACAGGUGCAAUAUUAUGAUAUAUGAUAGAAAGUUUACGCAUAAGAGAUUUCAUUGUUUCCAUUUUCCUGACUUUAAUCAGUCCCCUAUAAAGGCAUAUGAUGUUUUUGCCCCUCUGGUUCGAGUGUCUAAUAGGCUGUAUGUAUAGUCAGUCUCCUUUCCCUCUACUAAUCUCUCUGCCAGACUGGAAUGGCUGCAUCCAUACACAUUUCCUGAGAUCUCCCAGUCGGAUAUUGAAAUGAAUUGAAAAAAAAUUAUUUUUUUUUUUUUCUAGGAUUUAAAAAAAUGAAACUUCCUUUGAUUUAUUCUUUUUAGUUUCAUUUGAUUUCUUUAUUUAAUUUGUCGACUUUCAUACAUAAAACCUACAUGUAAUCAACAAAACAAAACAAAAAACUAUGAGAUGGCAACACAAUAUUUACUAGGUCAUAAGUAAUAAUGACUUAUUGUACAUACGCUUUUUUUUCUCCUUUGAAUUAAAAAAUGAAAUUAAAAUGGUUGUAUAUUGUGUAGAAACGCAAGCAAAAAGCCAUGAAUAUUGUGAAGCUUGUCAUUUUGUUUAGUGAUCACUGUGUAUUAUUGUGUAACAAAUGUGCAAAAUGUACGGGAUUAUACUUCUCUUGUUUUUGAGCUCUUUUUGAUGCAUUUUUCUCCCAGAAUAUAUGUUUUUGUAGUAUGUAGUAUUUGCAAACCGAAAAAGCAUUUGAUCCAUUUUCCAGUCUUUCGGACUCGGACACAAUGGGAUAAUCUUGUAUAUGUUACUUUUUUUUUGUGUGUUGCUUUUUUUUUUUUUUUUUUAGUUUUUUUUUGUCAAGAACAUUGAAGUUUAACCAAUGUUUGGUGAAUGCAUUGAAUUUCUCCUGCUAUCUCUUGCAAAGGGUCAGACUCACACAUCUGCAGCAUAUCAGAUAUUUGACAGUAUUACCCUAAACCUGACCAAACCCCCAAGCACUCAGCUGUAGAUAACGACAUAAGGCAAUGCACACUUCAUUUCCCUUGAGUUCAACCCAGGGUGACCUUUACACUUGACACUUUUGGGAGACAAUGUAAAUCCUCAUUUUGUACUUCUCAUACUUUACCAUCUUAUCUCAUUAUGCCUUUUCUUCAUGUCUUGCCCCGAGUGGGGGAUUUCGCAAUGCUCUUAAUUUUUCAUGGAUAAUUGUAUACAUUUGUAUACGUCCACAGGUUAAGGAAAAUGUUUGCCUUUGACUGUUCUAUUGCUUCUUGCUUUCAGUUUAGUACAUUUUUAAGACAAAAAAAAAGAAUGACAAUUUUUGCACACUUAAGUAUUAAUUAUAAAGAGUGUGACCUCCUUUUCAAUUUUCAUUAUCAUAGACUUAACUGUCCGUAACUCCUUGAUUGGACAAUCAGCUUUUCUGGAGACUUUAGUUUGUCUUUCCACCAUGUAAUGUCUCUCAAGUACUCAAACCAUUUUCACUUCUUUUUAUAAUUUUUAUUUUUAUUUUUUUUUUUGUCAGUUUCUUUUUUUCUGAUUCAGUGUUUGUUUGUGUCCCCCCCCCACACCUUUAUUUAGUAUUUGUUGGAAAAUGAAAGUCACUUUUGAUUAAGUGUGGAAGAAAAUAGUCUUUUUUAAAAAAAAAUAUUUUUCUUUUCUUUUUUUUUUUUACACAGACUCCGCUGUGGUUCCACCAAUUUAAAUAUUUAGAACACUUGGCAAUAUAUAAAUCUGUUUUGUUUAAAAAAAAAAAAUACAUAAAUAAAACCUUGUUUGAGUUUGAAAAUCUAUUGUAUGGACAACUGGUGAUUGGCUUGAACAGUAAUGAAUUUUGAAUCAAGGCUACUGUGCUUUUUGUCAAGGGAUUUUUUUUUUUUUUUUUUUCUUUUGGAACAUUUAAUCCAGACCUUUUGCACAUCCUUGAUAUUUAACUGUCUAAAAAUGACGCUGAAAAUAAAGAAAUUGCUGUUUGAUUACUGCCGAUUGAUUAACAAUUAUGCGUUGACUGAAAAAAAAAAGAAAAUAAGCUAAUUUUGGAGGAAAUAACUUUGUAAUAUUUAUCUCUUGCAAGCUAUGUUUAAUAAAGGAUGGAACAGUUUA